AUGCCUCUCCCUACAGCAUCAGUCGGCGAUGGAUGGUACACCUUCCAGAACCUUGGCCCUGCCACUGCUACUUUCACCCCGGCCCCCAGUUGCUCCGCGUCAGACAGACUGGAGAUUGGCGUAGUUCGGUCUGGCAUCCCUUACGUCCAGUACAAUGUUCAAUGCUCUUCAACCGGGUAUGCGGACUGUCUCCCACCUACAACCACCACCGCAGCCCCUGCAACAACCUCGACCGGUUAUGACGAUAUUUAUGCAACUGGAUCAUACUACUCUCCCGGCCUUCACUGUCCCUCUGGAUGGGCGACUGUCGGCCUAGCUGCUCGCGUUGAGAAUGAAUCCCUCAGCUACUCCGGGAAUAUGGUUCCAGCCACUACGACUGCCCACCGGCAGUACUACAAUGAUGCAUCCAUCCUUGCCAAUAUACUCGAAUCAUCGGAGACCAUGGCGCUUUGCUGCCCGAGCUCCAUGACCGCAGACAACAUGGGCGGAUGCUACUCCACCGUCCCAGACUAUACACCAACCGUCGGCUGCUACGUUUGGUCGACAGAAGAGUACAGCUACGAGAGGUCCUCCAUGGCCGAGACGGACGGCGGUGCCACCAGCACGGUCCUCGUCGACAUUCCUCACUACGUCGAGAGUGUUACCAAGACUCAUUCUAAAACCUUCCGUUCUAUGGAGCAGCAGAUGUAUACUGGAAUCUCCUAUAUUCCUAUGGUGACUCUUGUGCAUCACCCCUCCGAUCUCCAGGUAACUGCCACUGGCAAUACCACCGCCGCUACCAGUUCUUCGACUUCUACGUCGAAUGCUGCCGGGCGACUUGCUCCCAGGGCUUCUGCUUGGGAUGGAUUGGGUGCUUUUAUUGGUGUUUCCGCCGCUGCGGUGGCAUUGGGAGCUGCUAUUAUUUUCUAA